AUGGAUUAUGAUACUCUCUUUGGCAUUCUUCCAAAAGAACCAAAAAAAUGGUCAAGGGAGGAUGUUUCUUUAUGGCUCAAUUUCAUUGGAUUACAAUCACUAUAAACAAUAUUUAGUAUGUAUUUAUUUAUACAUUUAGCAAAUAACUCAAUUGAUGGAUCCUGUUUAGAAUUAAUCGAAGAAAAUGACCUUAUUGAUGAUCUUGGAAUCAAUAGUAAGAUAGUCAGAAAAAAAUUAAUGCAUUGUACAAACUAUUUCUAAAGAAAGGGCUUAAAAUUGGAUUAAAGGAGUUUACUUUACAUAUCAAAUCAGUUAUACUUGAUGAUAAAAGAUGUGACAAAAUCGAAUAAGAAAACACUUCACUUGAAAAUACAGAAUAAGCAUAACCUUAAUAUGGAUAAAUUAAUAUAUCGCAUGAUAUGAUGACUAAUUACAUUAAGAAUAAUGAAAUCUAUUCAUAAUAGUUUUAACAGCCAUUAUGUGAAAUGUAAUCAAAACACAUUAUUAUCUAGUGAAAACAAGCCUUAAUUUUUAAAGAAAUAAUAAACCGGCAUUUAGUUAGAAUAAGAAAAUGAAAAUUUAGUAUAAAAAGUGUAAAAUGAGCUUAUAAUCUAACCAACUGAAGGGCCUCAAACUAAUUUUUAUUGUAUAAAAGAAUCAGGAGGAAAAAUAGGAAGGCAUUCUAGCAAUUAGAUUUUAAUAUUAGAAGAAAGUAUCAGUCGAUUUCAUGCAGAAAUAGUAUUUUAAAAUGAAGAAGUAAGAAUAAUAGUUAUAUGGAUAGUUCUUUAUAAAAGAUAUCGGAUCAACAACUGGAACUUUUAUAAAAGUUGAGAGUAAAUUAGAACUUUAAAUAGGAAUGAUUAUAGAAUUGGGAAGCAAUCAGUUUGAGAUUUAGUAAUUGAGUGUAAAUAACUAAAUGGCUGAAGUAAAAAAAUGUAUAUGGAAAUAUAGGUUGUCAUGCUGAUAAUUGAAGGUAUCAAUUCAUCUGAGAAACACAUAAUUGCUUUAAGUCUACAAAAAUGCGUUACUACAGUAGGGCGUAAGCAAACAGCUGAUCUGACAUUUGGUGAUGAUCAUCAUCUCUCAAACAUACAUGCAAAGAUUUGUCUUAUAGAUGGACGAGUUUAUUUGGAAGAUAUGGGAUCAACAAAUGGGUAAUUAAAUAAAAAUUGAUGAUAGUUCUUGGUUGAGGUUGUCUAAAGAAGGAUUAUUCUCUUAGUUAUAUCCUUUAUAGAAUUAAACGGUUUUCAAAAUAGGAACUACUUCUACAUAUUUAUGUAAAAGGACAUCUUAGUUAAUCACUGAUAAGAGUAGUGAAAAUAGUUGUAUAAUUUGUAUUGAAAAUGAUCGGGAUGCUCUUUAUAUGCCUUGUAAACAUAAUACAGCUUGUUUAAAAUGCAGCAAAAAUUUAAAGGACUGUCCAAUUUGCAGAACUAAAAUCUAAGAUGUCAUUAGGAUUUACAAAAACUGA